GUGGUGGGGACGAUAAUUCGCAAGGGGAGGGGGAGACGACGAUGACGACGAUGACCGCCGCCACGACGUCGACGCCGUGCAACAGCUGUACUGUCACCGAGACCGAGACUGCGACUGCGAUCGAAACUGCGACUGCGACCGAAACUGCGACGCUCAUGCUGCCGCAUCCACCGCUACCGGCGCCACCACCACCCCCUCCACGGCCAAACCUACCACGGCCAACACGAACCAGGAUUGCGGUAGCAACGGAGUCGGGGACGCCGAGCAGCGCUGCCGGCGACGGAAAAUGUGGGGGAGGGAAAGCGUUGGUACCGGCUAUGGGUGCCGCCCUGGCGCUGGUAAUUGUAAUUGCUGCGCUGUAAUUCCGUAACUCUAAGACGUAUCAUAGGUAACGUAGGAGUGGGAAAAAUACUUGGAUGAUAUACGGUAGUUUAAUAGAUACGUCCAGUGCCUCGGGGUUGGAUCUGAUGCGUACUAUACGAGGCGUGGCAUGGGAUUUCUGAGAUUUUCGCUGGGUUGUGGUUUCAGGAC